AUGCUUUUCGGACUCGUCUUCAUAUGCACUCGCAUCUCGCAGAUCGUCACUCUGAUACCUCCAGUUGGCAUGCUGAGUUGGUUUGUCAAAAAGUUCAACGACGCAAACAUCCUCACGCCCGACGACAUCCUGGUCCUCUUCAUCGUCACCGUCCUCGCAUUGGGCUGGGCUCUCCUCACGCUGCUCUACUACUCGCGAUCGUCUCACAACGGCAUGUUCGUGUCCUUUGUCGACCUCUGCUUUCUCGGCGCCCUCAUCGCCGGCAUCUACUACCUGCGCAAGAUCCAAUACGCCGACUGCCAAGACCCGUCCGUCGACAGCAUCUGGUACAAUCACAUUCACAACGUGGGCAUCCCCGGAUACUCUUGGCAGAUUCAAAAGCCGUGCGCCAUGCUCAAGGCCUCCUGGGCGUUUGCCAUCAUGAACACCGUCUUUUUCGCCGUCACCGCGCUUGCGGCCUGGAGCCAUGGAGACAGCGUCAUUGUCGAGGAGCGCGUCGUGCGUCAUCGCAGCUCGCACAGCGGCCACCAUAGCCAUCGUCGCCGAAGCCAUUCCAACUCGGGCCACAGCUACCACUCUUCGCGCCGAGUAUACGUAUGA